CCGUCCUUGUCUCACGUCCCUAUUCCGUCUCUCGCUUCGCCGCCCCUCCCCCUGCUCCGUCUCUCUUUCUCACUCUGCUCUACUUCGUCUUCGUCGCUUGGCUGCAACCGGUGGCAUGGCGGACGCGGCGAACGGGAGGGCCGGAGGGGAUGUGAGGUCGAUCUUCCCCCAGAUUUACUUUCGCCUCAAAGCCGAGCUGCUCGAGGAUCCCGCCUUCGACUUCACGGACGAGGGCCGACAAUGGAUCAACAGGAUGCUGGACUACAAUGUGCCUGGAGGGAAGCUGAAUCGUGGGAUCUCUGUGAUUGAUAGCUACAAGCUGUUAAAAGGAUAUGAACUAAGUGAUGAUGAAGUGUUCCUAGCAUGUGCCCUUGGUUGGUGCAUUGAAUGGUUUCAAGCAUAUUUUCUGGUCCUUGAUGAUAUUAUGGACAACUCUCACACAAGGCGAGGUCAGCUUUGUUGGUUUAGAGUGGAUAAGGUUGGUCUUAUUGCCGCAAAUGAUGGGAUCAUACUUCGCAAUCACAUUCCUCGGAUUCUGAAACGGCAUUUCAGAGAAAAGCCUUAUUAUGUUGAUCUCCUUGAUUUAUUUAAUGAGGUUGAAUUUCAGACAGCUUCAGGGCAGAUGCUGGAUCUGAUUACUACUCAUGAAGGCGAACAAGAUCUGUCAAAGUACACAAUAACAGUUUAUCACCACAUUGUUCAGUACAAAACUGCCUAUUAUUCAUUCUACCUUCCGGUGGCAUGUGCAUUGCUGAUGUCUGGUGAAAAUUUGGACAAUUUUGUUGAUGUAAAAAACAUUCUAGUUGAAAUGGGAACAUACUUCCAAGUACAGGAUGAUUACCUUGAUUGCUUUGGUGAUCCUCAAGCAAUUGGAAAGAUUGGUACUGACAUUGAAGAUUUUAAGUGCUCCUGGCUUGUUGUGCAAGCCAUGGCACUUGUUAAUGAGAGUCAAAAGAAAAUAUUAACUGGGAACUAUGGAAAGUCAGAUCCAGCUUGUGUUGCGAAAGUUAAAUCCAUUUAUAAAGAUCUCAAUCUCCAGAAUGUAUUUUUUGAGUACGAGCGUUUGAGUUACCUACAGUUGAUUUCAUCAAUUGAAGGCUUGCCAAGCAAAGCAGUCCAGGAGGUGUUGAAGUCAUUCUUGCACAAGAUCUACAAGAGGCAGAAGUAGCUCUCUUAAUAUGAGACAUACUAAGUACUAACCAUGCUAGAGCGGCACUCUUCCUUGUGAUGCCUCUUAUCUCAUAUUGCUGUAGCAUUGGUGACCGGACAUCUAUGUUGUUGUAUUAAGCCGUGGAAAGCCACGCAUCCAUCUCUUUUGAGCUGCCCUAGUUCAGUGUUCUUCUGCCAUCCGUGUCUACUGAUUCGUCGGUUUUGUAAAUAUAGUUUUCUACUAGUUUUCAUUCGCUCAAAUAGAGUCGGCAUACUGCAGAU